AUGGCACUGAAGGAGAGAGAAGAAAGUAUGAGGUUGGCUGUGAAGCAACAAGCAAAUGUGGAGGACACAGGAAUGAAGGUGAAUGAUGAAGUUCACCUUGCCCCAAAGGCAGUGCAAGGCAAGGUGGUGGAGACAAAGAAGCCUGGACCCCCAAAGAAGCUCUUCCCGAGCUCAGCCCUCUUCCGGCAGUGGGGAGAGGAUCUUCCUGAGGCUGAGCAGAAGAAAGCCCAGGACCUGUUCCACAGGUUUGGUUACAAUGUGUACCUCAGCAACAGGCUGCCUCUCAACCGCAGCCUCCCGGACACGAGGGACUCCAGGUGUCUUCAGAAGACAUACCCUCCCCAGCUCCCCUCCCUCAGCGUGAUCCUCAUAUUCAUGGAUGAAGCUCUAUCCAUUAUUCAACGGGCCAUCACCAGCAUAAUUAACCGGACGCCCCCUCAGCUGUUGAAGGAAAUCAUUUUGGUGGAUGACUUUAGCUCAAAUGGAGAACUAAAGGCACGCUUGGAUGAAACGAUUGAGGUUUACAGCCAGUUGCAUCCUGGACUACUGAAAAUAAUACGGCACACUGAGCGAAAAGGCCUCGCUCACGCACGGAACACGGGCUGGGGAGCCGCCGCGGCCGACGUGGUUGCCAUCCUGGACGCUCAUGUGGAAGUCAAUGCUGGGUGGGCAGAGCCCAUCUUGGCUCGGAUUCAGGAAGACCGCACUGUGAUUAUAUCUCCUGUGUUUGACAAUAUUCAUUUUGAUAACUUCAAACUGACAAAAUAUCCACUGGCGGUGGAUGGGUUUAACUGGGAACUGUGGUGCCGCUACGACCCAGUGCCAGAAAGCUGGAUUGCUCUGGAUGAUGUCACUGCCCCAGUGAGAAGCCCUUCCAUCAUGGGUAUCCUGGCCGCCGACAGGCUCUUCCUGGGAGAGAUAGGGGCACUGGACGACGGGAUGCUGGUCUACGGAGGAGAGAACGUGGAGCUUAGUUUGAGGGUGUGGCAGUGUGGAGGGAAGAUCGAGGUCUUACCCUGCUCCCGUGUGGCCCACCUAGAGCGACACCACAAGCCCUACGCCUCAGAUCUGGGCGCUGCACUGAAGCGCAAUGCCCUGCGUGUGGCUGAGGUCUGGAUGGAUGAGUACAGACACAUGGUCUACCUGGCCUGGAACUUACCGCUUCAGAACUCUGGGAUUGAUUAUGGAGACAUCUCUUCCAGAAGAGCACUCCGGGAGAAACUGAAAUGUAAAACCUUUGACUGGUACCUGAAAAAUGUUUAUCCAAUCCUGAAGCCAAUCCAUGACAUCGUGGGGUAUGGAAGAAUGAGAAACUCCUUGGACAAAGGCAUCUGCCUGGAUCAAGGACCUGUCCCCGGCAAUGCCCCCAUCAUGUACACAUGCCACGAGUUCAGCCCACAGAAUGUCUACUACCGCCUGUCUGGGGAGCUCUAUGUGGGGCCACUGGUCGCAGAGCAUCAAGAUGCCCAGCGCUGCCUGACGGACCCAGGCCUCAGGGAGAAGCCCACGUUAGAGGCGUGUUCCAAGGCGGCCCAGAGUCAACUGCACAUAUACUGGGAUUUUAAGCAGGGAGGAGCCGUCAUCAACAGGGACACACGGCGGUGCCUGGAGGUCACCAGGGAGCUGCUCGGCGCCCGUGUGCUUGUGCUGCGGGCCUGCACAGCGCAGGUGUGGGAAAUACAGUACACGCUCGGGGCCUGGGGCCGGCCGGGCACCCUGUGAGCCUGGCUGGGAGCUCUCCAGCGCUUCUCGAAGCAGAGAGGGCGUGGGUGCAAGGUGACUUAAGCGUGCUGUGCAGGGGUGAGGGACCCCGGCACGUGUCAAGGGGUCUGCGCGGCUUCGAGGAGCAGGAGCUCUGAUUCCCCUCCCCCUUCCCUCGGAAGAUCGUGAUAUGCAUCCGGCACUGAUGGAAAGUCCUUGAAAUAGCCGGAUCAUCUGGCAGUGCUGUGGGAGGGAGGGAAGGGAAGUUUGUCUCUGAGUUCGCCAACUCUGUUGAGCCUUCCUUCCUGCUACUACGGCACCUGCCCUCACCUGCCCCUUCCCUGCUCAUCUGCUCAGAGAUGCCCCAGGCUGUUGGCUGCUCCACCUGACAAACUGGGCGCUCCUCACGCUGCAGCAGUGCGGCCCCUCAGAGGCACCGAGCCCUCCUCCUUUCAGACUGUCCUGGAAGAUGCCACAAAUAGACAAGCAGCCCUAACAGAUGCCUCCUGCCCUGCCCCACAGCGAUUCUGUUUGGAUGACCAAAUCUCCUGCACCAGGGAUGCUGGCGAGGAGACACAGUGCCUCACCUAAUCUCAGCUUUCCAAGGAACAGAGCAUAGAGAAUGGUAGAAAAAUCUAGGUCUUUCUGACUUUCUCCAAGUAGGCUGUCACAGUUAAUGACUUGAUCUCACCUAUUUCCCCUUACUGCCCACAAAAAUUAUGGGGAAAUGAAGGCCACCCCUUACUAAGGCACAGAGAACAACUGUAGAUGGAAAUCAACACCCAGCGCUCUUACCGCCGCUCACUGGAUAAACCUCUGUGCCCAGUGGUGGGUUGAGAAGAAAUGUCCAGAGCUGCGGUAUUUGGUGGGGUUGGAGACUGACAGAGCGGCUCCAGGGCAGACAGCGGGGCCUGGGGGGGACCUCCUUCACAGAGCCACGUUCUCCUUGGCUGCGUGUCACAGCAGUUCUAGGAGGACUCUGGGCAUUGCCUGGUUCCCUCAGGCACCAGGCAGGAAAGACACCAGUAAUUUAUCACAGAAUUAACUUGACCAAGAUGCUUCAAAGUGAGCUUUGGAAGUAUACAAGUCAUAAGUAUACUACCUGGUAAAGUUUUCACAGUGAAUUCAGGUACACCAAGAACUAAAGCAUAGUCACAAUACAAUUUUAUUAUGAGAAAAGUAAGGGACAGAAUACACGUUAAGCAAAUGCAUAACUUCUAGCAUCUGCCUGGCAGAUUGAAGGGAAAAUGUAAUUGAAAACAAAGUCUUAAAAAUGUAUGUACCAAAUAAAAAAACAAAAGACACAAAAGCCUUAGACUGGAAAAGAUUCAUUCAUAGAUAAAUGCCAACUAACAGUGUGUUGAAGUCCCUUUUCCCUUCAAUGAUGAGGCAGAGUAACUCAGUGUAUUUUGUUAGGUGAAAAGAAAAACAGCACCUGUAGUGUGUAUGUUUUAGGUAGGAAAUAAGGAGAAAUACACACGUGCCUAUUCAUUUCUACAAAAUAAAACAAAAAGUAUAAACUAGAAAUGAGUAAGAUUGGCUACAAAGGGCUGGGGUUUAGCUCAGUGGUGCCACUGCACGCCUUGCAAGUGCAAGGUCCCAAGUUUGAUCCCUAGUAUCAAAAACAAAAACAAGAUUGACUACAAAGACUGCUAUGGUGGUUGGGAAUGGGGUGCAAAGGGGGGAGAGGUAGCAGAAGGGAGCUAAGGGGUGGCAUUGCUCCACACAGGCAGGGUUCUAUAGUUCUGACAUUUAAAAUAUUUUAAUGUUCAAAAUGGAAGUAUAUAAAAUCAAAGAUACAGAGAAACCUAAAGUGGGUUAUAAAUAACACACAGGAACCUAACUAUAUUCUUAUGUUCCAAGUGAAAACACAUAGGCCCACACGCACACACAGCGCGAGCACCCUCAGCUGCUCAAGGCUGACAGGGAUGUGCAGCCGGACUGACAGGCUUCCUAUAGCCAAUGCUGGGGGCUGUUUGAGCAUUAAAAUCAACAAUGAUCACAAUGGACUAUAAACCACAGAAUCAAAUAAGAAUCCAUGAGUUCAUUCAGGCGAGUGAGUGAGGAGAAGGGAAAGCUCUUCCUUACAGCAGAGCACCAACUGACAAUGCGGAAGGGAUUAUGGAAUUAGGAAUCCACCAUUUGGCACACAUCGGAUUUAAAAUCGUCUCUGGUAAAAAUCACUAAGAUGAGUAUGAGGAGAGACGGGACACAUAUGCAGUGUCAAAGUAACUCCCCAAAAGAUAUUUAUUAACUGCAGAGAGGAAAUAGUAAUUUCAUGGGGGAGAAAGCUGGCAGACAAGUGUUAACUGAGCCAUCCACAUAAACAUCACCAAUGGUUAGACAAAUGGAUGUCAUUCGCUUCCUGAUACGACCUACCAAGAAGUGCACAAAUUGUUUUUAUGUAUUCCCGCCCACAGCACAGAACCUGGUGCUAGAACCUUGAGAAAACAUCACUUGAACCCAAACAGGGACAUUCUUUAGAAUAGUCUGUAUGCUUCAAAGAUGUUAAAGUCACGAAAGACAGAAGUGACGGAGGAACUGUCUCAUAUUAAAGGAGACUAAAAGGACAGGACAACUAAGUGUAAUAUAUGGCCCUGGGCUGAGUCCCAGACCUGGGGGAAUUUUUCUUUCCUUUGGCUAAAAAGAACAGCAAUACAAAAUCAAUGAAAUUUGCUGAUUAGAUAUUAGUACUGUACCUGUGUUAUUUUUCUGAUUUUGAUCCUUGUACUGUGGCUCUCUAAGAGAAUAAUAUACCUUAUAAAAAUUUUAUGAAUUGGUCACUGAAUGGGUUUGGGAAUGCAAUGUUAUCGCUGAGAUUUUAGAUAGAUGGAUAGAUAGGUAGAUGAUAAAAUAAAUGAAUCUGGGUGAAGAGUGAAGAGUAUACAAGAAUUCUUUGUGCUAUGCUUGCAAUUCUUCUGUAAGUCUCAUUGUUUCAAAAUAAAAAGGUU